AUGGACUCUCCAUCCGAGGCAAGGCCCAACUCGCAGCUCCGGCGCAUGAUAUCCACCACUUUCGAGCGACUGAGGCAGCACACACCCGGUCUCCGCGCGAGGAGAGACCAGCCCGUAGAUGAUGAGGAAGACUCAUACGGCCACGUCAUUGUGCCGGCGCCCGCGGCGCCGCCACCCGGGAAAGACGAAACGAUCCGGCAGGCGGAAGGCGCGAUGGCGGUUCUCCGAGAACUUCUCCUCGAGUCCAUCCCGUUUGCGCGGCCGAGCGUCUUCUACCCGCCGCACGCCACCCUCAGCCCGGCCAAGCAGGGGGCGAUCCACGAGCAGCUCGUCGACGCCUUUCUGCGCGAGGCCCUGCGCGGGGUAAACAAGCCAUCCGGGUCCUCCGGCUCCGCGUUCCGCCGGACCCCGAAACCGGCCCCACCGCCCACCUACGCGACGGCGUUUCCAGAGCGCCGCCCGUUUACGCGGUUCCCCGAUUUGCCGACCGAGAUCCGGCUCCAAAUCUGGGAGGCGGCGCUACCGGUGCGGGGCCGCCGCACGCUGCACAUUGGCCAAUCCAUUGGCGAGCCGUACUGCUGGACGGCGCGGCUCCCGAUGCCGACGCUGGCGCGCGUGUGCCGCGAGUCGCGGGCCGUGGUGCUAGGCCGCGGGGGCGUGUUCCCAUCCACGGCAGCGGGACGCGCGGACUACCGGCCCAUGGGCCUGCAGUGCGGCGAUUUCCUGCAGCACAUUGGGCGGUUCUACGCCGCCGCGCACAGCCUUACCAGUGUGCUGCUGCCCGGCGGGCUGGGCAACGAGCUCCGCCGCGGGGACCAGCUGUCGACGGACGUGUGGCGCGGGGCGGUCAAGCGCCUCAUGGUCGUCGUGCAGGUCGUGUAUAUCGCCCUGCCGGCGCCGCCGGCGGAGCUCGCGGACGAGGAGAUGGAGGCGUACCGGCAAGAGCUGCCGGAUCUCGACGAUGAUGCUGUGGUGGUGCGGGAUGUGCGGGAUGUCGCGGGGCCGAGGGCGCAGCCGCUCGAUGCGGUCGAGUACCGGGCUGCCGUGCAUCGCCGCCUGCGGAACCAUCAUAUUGCCGUUGUCGCGAGCCUGCAUGACCGCGCGCGCGUGCGGGAGCUGCUGUCCCUGGGGGAUGCGACGCGCUUCUGGCCUGAUCGCCGGGCGCGGCUGCAGUCGCUGUACCACCACACUAAUGCGUUUUGCAUGGAUUGCCUGCUGUACUGGUGGGAUUCGUACGCGCGGCAGGCGGCGCUGGAGGCGCUGUUGGCGCAGACGGAGGGGCUGGGCUGGGGGUGA